UAAAACGGGCCUAGAAAAGUUCCAUUGAUAUUUUGUUCCAAAACCGAGUAAAUCCUUCCCGCCAACGCCAAGUUACAGAGCGCGGCGGUCUUCGUCUGCGACCGACAGAGAUGGAGUUCAGUGUGAGCGGCAACGCCCUGAAGACCUUCGCCCGCUCCAUCACGUGCCUCGCACGCAUCGGCAACGAGCUCGCCGUCCAAGCUUCUCCUUCUCAGCUUGCCUUGCACUCUCUCAAUACAUCACGUUCUGCCUAUCAAUCGAGCACAUUUAAGCCUGAUUUCUUUGACGUCUAUACUGUAACUGGUAAUCAGGUGCAAUGUAGUGUGCUUUUAAAGGCUGUUUGCUCUGUGCUUAGGACACCUUUAGCAAGUAUAGAUAAUUUGAGCGUGAAAUUGCCUGAUCCCGAUGCAUCAAAACUGCAAUGGACUUUACAGUGCUUCAGUGGUAUGAAAAAAACCUAUUGGAUUAGUUGCAAUGUUGAACCCGAUAUACAACAUUUGUCUCUUGAUAGGAGAAAAUUCCCAAGCAGCUUAGUUGUGAGACCCCGAGAUCUGAACAGAUUGCUUGCUAAUUUUCAGUCAUCGCUUCAGGAGAUUACAGUCAUAGCAACAGAACCCACUUCCUUGCCUUCUGAUGCAGCAAGUGAAAUUGGAGGAAAAGCUGUUGAACUUAGAAGUUAUAUUGACCCAACCAAAGACAGUGAUUCGUCACUGCAUACUCAACUAUGGAUAGAUCCUACUGAAGAGUUUGUGCAGUAUACCCACACUGGAGACCCCAUAGAUGUGACAUUCGGUGUGAAGGAGUUGAAGGCGUUCCUUUCUUUCUGCGAGGGCUGUGAAAUUGACAUCCACUUAUAUUUUGAGAAAGCUGGACAGCCUAUUCUAAUGGCACCAAAGUUUGGUCUAGAUGAUGGGUCCACUUCAAAUUUUGAUGCUACACUUGUACUUGCAACCAUGCUAGUGUCACAGCAGCAUGAAACCAAUCCAGCAGAACAUCCACAAGCAGCUACUGAAAUGCACAUUCGGGAUGAGCAUGGGACAGGGUCAGAAGCACGACGAGAAAGGUGUAGGCCAAGUGGCUCUGAGCAUCCAUCUGACCACACCAGAAUUUGGUCUGAUCUCUCAGGAAGUGGUGCAAGAAGUGGCAACGGUGCUGAAGGAGGACAGUUUCAAGGGGAAAGAAAUUUGAAUGCUAAUGGACAGAGAGAAGUCCAAAGGAUGAGUAAACUGCAUAUUUCGAAUCCUGCAUCUGCUGGGGGAAAUGAGCCUGUGGAUCCCAAUGCCUGCCACCCUGAGGAAAAUGAUCAUAUGGAAGAACCUAGAGAUAGAUCACAAAUUAACAGCGGUGGGUUUUCACAACACCAUCCUAGUAACUGGGUAGAUGCAGAUGAAGACGACAGUGAUGAGGAUGAAGAGAAUGACCUUUGUAUUCAGGCAACACCACCAUACUAUGAAGAACAGUAGGUUCGUGGCUGGAGUGGUGGUUGGCCGAAUUGCUUCUCACUCUCGUGUUGUGGGACCCACUUACACCUAGUUGGCUAGUUAUCUCAAGCAGUUUGGGGCAAUACGUGUUUUUCUAGUUAAUGUCAGCAUGAACCCUGAACAUAGCUUACGUGCCACGAUGUAUUAUUUGCUCUUUCUAUUUUUAUCUUUUGGCACGCAUGGACUGCAGGUUUUGGAUCUCUCACGUGCU